AUGACAAUCCAAGUGUUCGACUCUCCUGCCGGCAUUCCGCUGCAUUCGGACUUCACCGUGGAAGUCAAGGAAGAGAACGACCAGCGAUGGAGGCCAGUUCCUGUUUACGCCGUGGAGGUGGCCAAUGCCAAUGUCACCUCUAACGAAUUCAAUCGGCACACCAUUGCGCUCGCAUCCUUCGACUUCGAUGGCCCCAUUAAAGUCCAAGUGACCUACACAGGGCCUGUACAAUCUGCCGAGAUUCGGCCACGUUCCUUGAGCAUUGAAACGCAGUUGAACGAUAAUACCAUCGCCUUUUCUCUUCGCACGCCCAAGGAUGUGAUGCUCGAGCUGAACGGUACUAAAUGGACGGCUCUCCACCUGCUCAGCAACGGCAUCGACGCCAAUGCACCGACACACGACACCGACGACAUCUGGUACUUCGGUCCGGGCAUCAAUCAAGGCUCCGCCUACCAACACGUCACCGACGGCGUCAAUCUGCUGGUGCCGUCCGGAAAAACUGUCUAUCUGGCGGGUGGUGCCUUCAUUACCUGCCGGUUGAACUUCAUCAACAACUCCAACAGCGCCGUCCGAGGACACGGGUUUAUCCUGGGUCCCGAAGGGGGUUAUGUACACCGCGAACACGGCGGCGCGAUCCACAUGAGCGGCGCCAGCAAAAUCACAGUGGAGGGCGUCACAUCGCUGGGAGCGAAUGGAUUCAGUCUGUCGGCGGGAGAAUGCCGCAACGUGCACAUCGACCGGUAUCGAUCUUUUUCAUCGGCCGGCAAUGGCGACGGAAUCGACAUCUUCUGCUCGCGGGACAUUGUCAUCGAGAACUGCUUCCUGCGCAACUCCGACGACACGAUCGCCCUCUACUCGCACCGCUGGGACUGGCACGAAGACUCCCAAAACAUCCUCAUUCAGCAUUGCGUUCUGCUACCGGACAUUGCACACGCCAUCAACAUGGGCACGCACGGGGAUCCGUCGAAGCCGGAAACAACCCGCAACGUGACAAUCCGCGACAUCGACAUUCUGGACCACGAGGAGAACCAGCUCUGGUAUCAAGGAUGCAUAGCCAUCAACGCGGCAGACAUGAAUCUAUUCCAUGAUAUUCAUAUCGAGGACGUGCGGGUCGAGCGCAUCACUCGCGGGCAGCUGAUCAACUUGCGCGUCAUGCAGAAUGCGAUGUGGACGACCGCUCCGGGGCGAGGAAUCCGCGACGUUCGGAUCAAGAACCUAUCUCUAGAUCUACGUGACGCGAAGAUCGUGAACCCGUCGAUGAUUCUGGGCUAUAACGCGGCGCGUCGGAUCGAGAAUGUGACGUUCGAGAAUCUCCGGAUCAACGGGGCGCUGGUUCAUGAGCAGAUGGAAAAGCCUCGAUGGUACAUGACGGCCGAUAUGGUUCCUUUGUUUAUGAACGAGCAUGUGGAGGGUGUGAAGUUUCUUCCGUAG